GCCUCGUCGGCGCGCUCCGUGGCGCGCACGGACGGCGAUGUCAUCAUCGGCGCCCUCUUCUCCGUCCACCACCAGCCGCCGGCCGAGAAGGUGCCCGAGAGGAAGUGCGGAGAGGUGCGCGAGCAGUACGGCAUCCAGAGGGUCGAGGCCAUGUUCCACACCCUGGAUAAAAUCAACGCCGACCCCGUGCUGCUGCCCAAUAUCACCCUGGGCAGCGAGAUCAGGGACUCGUGCUGGCACUCCUCCGUGGCCCUGGAGCAGAGCAUCGAGUUCAUCCGUGACUCCCUCAUCUCCAUCCGGGACGACAGGGAGGGUGGCAGCCGCUGCGUGUCCGACCCGCAAGCGCAGCCGCCGGGCCGGGCCAAGAAGCCCAUUGCGGGUGUCAUCGGCCCUGGCUCCAGCUCCGUGGCCAUCCAAGUGCAGAACCUGCUGCAGCUCUUCGACAUCCCGCAGAUCGCCUACUCGGCCACGAGCAUCGACCUGAGCGACAAGACGCUCUACAAGUACUUCCUCAGGGUGGUCCCCUCCGACACGCUGCAGGCCCGCGCCAUGCUCGACAUCGUCAAGCGCUACAACUGGACCUACGUCUCCGCCGUGCACACGGAAGGCAAUUAUGGGGAAAGUGGAAUGGAAGCCUUCAAAGAGUUGGCUGCUCAAGAAGGUCUCUGCAUCGCUCACUCUGACAAGAUCUACAGCAACGCUGGGGAAAAGAGCUUUGACCGCCUGCUUCGAAAGCUGCGGGAGAGGCUUCCCAAGGCGAGAGUGGUGGUCUGCUUCUGCGAGGGGAUGACAGUGAGAGGGAUCCUCAUUGCCAUGAGGCGCCUGGGGGUGCUCGGCGAGUUCCUGCUAAUCGGAAGUGAUGGCUGGGCAGACAGGGAUGAAGUCAUUGAAGGUUAUGAACCUGAAGCCAAUGGAGGCAUCACUAUCAAACUGCAGUCUCCAGAAGUUUUGUCAUUUGACGACUACUAUCUGAAGUUGCGUCUGGACACAAACACACGCAACCCCUGGUUCCCCGAGUUCUGGCAGCACAGAUUCCAGUGCCGUAUUCCGGGGCAUCCGUUGGAGAACCCCAACUUCCAGAAGAACUGCACCGGCAACGAAAGCCUAGAAGAAAACUAUGUGCAGGACAGUAAAAUGGGAUUUGUUAUCAAUGCUAUAUAUGCCAUGGCUCAUGGCCUCCAAAACAUGCAUCAUUCCCUUUGCCCUGGGCAUGUUGGGCUGUGUGAUGCUAUGAAGCCAAUUGAUGGCAGCAAACUAUUGGAAUUCCUCCUCAAGUCCUCCUUCAUUGGUGUUUCUGGAGAAGAAGUUUGGUUUGAUGAAAAGGGAGAUGCCCCUGGAAGGUAUGACAUCAUGAACCUGCAGUACAUAGAGCAGAACCGCUACGACUACGUCCUCAUUGGCACCUGGCAUGAGGGCGUGCUCAACAUUGAUGACGACCGGAUCCAGAUGAACAAGAGCGGGAUGGUGCGCUCCGUGUGCAGCGAGCCCUGCUGGAAGGGGCAGAUCAAGGUGAUCAGGAAAGGAGAAGUGAGCUGCUGCUGGAUUUGCACUGCUUGCAAGGAGAAUGAAUUUGUUCAGGACGAAUUCACAUGCAAAGCCUGUGAGCUUGGCUGGUGGCCGAACGCUGACCUGACAGGCUGUGAACCCAUCCCUGUAAAGUAUCUCCAGUGGAGCAAUAUAGAGUCUAUUGUGGCUGUGGUCUUUUCCUGCCUGGGGAUCCUGGUCACCAUGUUUGUCACACUUAUCUUUGUGCUCUACAGGGACACCCCUGUUGUCAAAUCCUCCAGCCGGGAGCUCUGCUACAUAAUCCUUGCUGGCAUCUUUCUGGGUUACAUCUGUCCUUUCACCCUUAUAGCUAAACCCACCACCACAUCCUGCUACCUCCAGCGCCUUCUGGUGGGCCUCUCCUCAGCCAUGUGCUACUCUGCUCUCGUGACCAAAACCAACCGUAUUGCACGCAUCCUGGCGGGCAGCAAAAAGAAGAUCUGCACUCGCAAGCCACGUUUCAUGAGUGCAUGGGCUCAAGUGGUCAUUGCCUCCAUCUUGAUCAGUGUGCAGCUGACACUGGUGGUCACGCUCAUCAUCCUGGAGCCCCCGAUGCCCAUUCUCUCCUACCCUAGUAUUAAGGAAGUUUACCUUAUUUGCAACACCAGCAACUUAGGUGUCGUGGCUCCCGUGGGCUACAAUGGACUCCUCAUCAUGAGCUGCACAUACUAUGCCUUCAAGACUCGCAAUGUGCCUGCCAAUUUCAACGAGGCCAAGUACAUUGCCUUCACCAUGUACACCACUUGUAUCAUCUGGCUGGCCUUUGUGCCUAUUUAUUUUGGAAGCAACUACAAGAUCAUCACCACCUGUUUUGCGGUGAGCCUGAGUGUGACAGUGGCCCUGGGGUGCAUGUUCACUCCCAAGAUGUACAUCAUCAUAGCCAAGCCUGAGAGGAACGUUCGCAGUGCCUUCACCACCUCAGACGUGGUGCGUAUGCAUGUCGGGGAUGGCAAGGCACCUUGCAAGUCCAACACUUUCCUCAACAUAUUCCGGAGAAAGAAACCAGGGGCUGGAAAUCCAAAGAAGAGGCAGCCAGAGUUCUCGCCCACCAGCCAGUGUCCGUCGGCACAUGUGCAGCUUUGAAAAAUCCCACACUGCAGUGAAUGUGUGGAAGCGAAGUUCCCAAGGGACAACACAUGUGGCACAGACUCUCAGUGCAUGUGAAGAGCCAGGAGGCAGGGUGCAAUCAGACUGC